CUCAUCAUCAUCAUCCUCCGGCAGGGCCUGAUCCUGGCGUCGGACGUGCAGCAGCUGCGGCAGGCCAUCGAGGAGUGCAAGAGGGCCAUCCUGGCGCUGCCCGAGCACUCCGAGCGGCAGAAGGACGCCGUGGUAGAUGUACGAGGACGACGAGGAGGAGUCGGAGGCGCAGGGCGCCAAUGGUACACCUGCACAGGCUGCUACUACCGCUGCCACAGCAAGUGCCUGCCGCUGGUGAGCAAGCCCUGCGUGAGGGCCAAGGUCAGCCACCAGGCCGAGUACCAGCUCAGCAUCUGCCCCGAGAGCGGGCUGGACAGCCAGGACUAUCGCUGCGCCGAGUGCCGGGCCCCCGUCUCCCUCCGGGGGGUGCCCAGCGAGGCCCGGCAGUGCGACUACACCGGCCUCUACUACUGCAGCAGCUGCCACUGGAAUGACCUGGCCGUCGUGCCCGCCCGUGCCAUCCACAACUGGGACUUCGAGCCCCGCAAGGUGUCGCGCUGCAGCAUGCGGUACCUGGCGCUGAUGGUGUCGCGGCCCGUGCUGAAGCUGCGGGAGAUCAACCCACUGCUCUUCAACUACGUGGAGGAGCUGGUGGAGAUCCGGAAGCUGCGCCAGGACAUCCUGCUCAUGAAGCCCUACUUCAUCACCUGCAAGGAGGCGAUGGAGGCACGGCUGCUGCUGCAGCUGCAGGACCGGCAGCACUUUGUGGAGAACGACGAGAUGUACUCGCUGCAGGACCUGAUCGACAUCGAAGCCGGGCGCCUGAGCUGCUCCCUGACGGAGAUCCACACCCUCUUCGCCAAGCACAUCAAGCUGGACUGCGAGCGCUGCCAGGCGAAAGGCUUCGUCUGCGAGCUCUGCAAAGAGGGCGACGUGCUCUUCCCCUUCGACAGCCACACCUCCGUCUGCACCGACUGCUCCGCCGUCUUCCACAGGGACUGCUACUACGACAACUCCACCACCUGCCCCAAGUGCGCCCGGCUCAGCCUGCGCAAGCAAUCCCUCUUCCAGGACUCUGGCACCGAGGCAGACCCCUAAGGAGAUGAAAGUGGGGGGGUCUCCAGCCCCACGGCUGCCCCUCCCCACACACACACCCCCGCCAUGGGGCCCUGGGAUGGACACGGGCAACGCCGUGGCCGUUUGGGGUCUGGGUUGGUGUCCUCUGCCUGCGAGGACACCAGACGUGGCGGGGAGGGGGGGGUCGGUGCUGGACCCCAGCCUCUGGGGGGCAGGGGUAUGGGCAGGGGUGCGGUGCUCUGCUGCCUGCAUCCGUGGGGCACGGGCGAGGGCACCGGGCACGCUGGAGGGCGAUCACACCGGGGCUGGGUGGAGGAGCCCCCCCUCUCCCCAAACGCCUCUCGCCCUCUAUUUGGGGAGGGUAUCGGGAGGGUGGGAGGCAGGAGCCGGGGAUGAGGCCACCCCCCCACUCACCCCCACACACUACUGGGAUAACGCUGCUGAUUCUAGGGGAAAACACCCAGU